AAAAUUGGUCUGGUUCUCCUUAAGAUGAUUUGUCAUCUUUAUCUAUCAAGUUCUUUCUUCGGUGUGUGAAUGCUUGAAUUUUUGUCCACCAGUCACUUCUCUUUUUUCAUCUCUGAUUAUUUCCUGGGUUUUGUCAGUUUUUUUCUUAGUCAAGAUCAAGAAAGAGUUGGAUGGCUUGAAAGAGUUGGAUUAUUUUCUGGGUUUUUUUCUUUUCGUAAUUUCCAUUGUUUUUCCGUUUUGCUUUUUUUACAAUUGCUAAAACAUGAUAUAGCCUAUAAGCUCUGCCACUUCUUUCUAGAUGUCAUCCUGAGGUCUUCAUAAUCAUACUUUUAUUUAUUUCUUGAUCUGGCGGUUCUGUCUUACUUGUAGGUUUGCAGGUUUUGGAUAUGGAUUCUUCUUCUUCUUCUUCUUCUCUUCCUGCUCCCCUUCAAACAAAGGACGAUGUUUUUCUUAGUUUCAGAGGUGAAGACACACGCGAUGCUUUUACCAGCCAUCUUCACGCGGCUUUACGUCGGAAGAACAUCGACACCUACAUAGAUAACAGGCUCGAGAGAGGAGAUGAAAUUGCUCCUACCCUUCUAGAAGCAAUCGAGAAAUCGAAACUUGCACUAGUCAUUUUCUCAAAAGACUAUGCUUCUUCCACAUGGUGUUUGAAAGAACUUGUGCAUAUACUUGGAUGCAAGAAAAGCUAUGGACAGAUUGUUAUACCCAUUUUUUAUCGCAUAGAUCCAUCACAUGUACGAAAACAGCAGGGAACUUAUGCACUUGAAGAUCGUCCACUUAAGCGCAGCAGUAGGGAUGAGGUGGCCAACUGGAGGGCUGCUUUGGAGGAAGCAGCCAAUAUGUCUGGGUUUCAUUAUUCCAGCAAAACUGGGACAGAGGCCGAUUUUGUUGAGAAAGUUGUUCAAGAUGUUUUGACCAAAUUGAAUCGCGAUUUGUCAAGUGAUUUAAAGGGUCUGCUUGGAAUUGAAAAGAAAAUUGAGAAAAUUGAGUCUGUCAUUAUGCUUGCAUUCACCAGGUGUUUGCAGGUUUUGGAUAGGGAUAUGGAUUCUUCUUCUUCUUCUUCUUCUCUUCCUGCUCCCCUUCAAACAAAGUACGAUGUUUUUCUUAGUUUCAGAGGUGAAGACACACGCGAUGCUUUUACCAGCCAUCUUCACGCGGCUUUACUUCGGAAGAACAUUGACACCUACAUAGAUCGCAGGCUCGAGAGAGGAGAUGAAAUUGCUCCUGCCCUUCUAAAAGCAAUCGAGAGAUCGAAAAUUGCACUAGUCAUUUUCUCAGAAGACUAUGCUUCUUCCACAUGGUGUUUGAAAGAACUUGUGCAUAUACUUGGAUGCAAGAAAAGCCAUGGACAGAUUGUUAUACCCAUUUUUUAUCGCAUAGAUCCAUCACAUGUACGAAAACAGCAGGGAACUUAUGCACUUGAAGAUCGUCCACUUAAGCGCAGCAGUAGGGAUGAGGUGGCCAACUGGAGGGCUGCUUUGGAGGAAGCAGCCAAUAUGUCUGGGUUUCAUUAUUCCAGCAAAACAGGGACAGAGGCCGAUUUUGUUGAGAAAGUUGUUCAAGAUGUUUUGACCAAAUUGAAUCGCGAUUUGUCAAGUGAUUUAAAGGGUCUGGUUGGAAUUGAAAAGAAAAUUGAGAAAAUUGAGUCGUUAUUAUGCUUGGAUUCACCAGGUGUUUGCUGUGUUGGUAUUUGGGGCAUGGGUGGUAUUGGCAAGACCACCCUUGCUGAUGCUGUAUUUCACAGGCACUCCUCUAAAUUUGAAGUUUGUUGUUUUCUUGCAAAUGUCAGGGAGAACUCAGAACAAACGAAUGGACUACGUCAGUUGCGAAAUACACUUGUUCGUGAAUUAUUGAAGGAUAAAGAUGUAAAUAUCAACACUCCGUCUAUUCCACCUCAUAUUCAAGAUAGGCUCAGGCGUACAAAGGCGUUCAUUGUUCUUGAUGACGUGAAUGCUCGAGAACACCUAGAAGUUCUUGUUGGUGAUCAUGAUCGGUUUUGCCAAGGAAGUCGAAUCAUUAUAACUGCUAGAGAUAAAGGCCUACUUGAGCAAAAAGUUGACCCUGCGAAGAUAUUCAGCGUUGAGGGAUUAGGUCCCGAAGAAGCUCUUGAGCUCUUUCAGUCGCAUGCUUUUGGAAAUAAGUCUCCAACAGCAGAUUACACUGAGUUGUCAAGAGAGGUGGUGGAUUAUAUUAAGGGCAUUCCAUUAGCUCUUAAAGUUAUGGGGUCUUCAUUCCAUCGUUGCAAGAGCAAACAAGAGUGGGAAGUUCAAUGGAAAAAAGUUAAACGAGUUCCAAUUGGAGAAAUCCAGAAAGAGUUCCAAUCGGAGAAAUCCAGAAAGUCUCUCAUAUCAAUUUCACAAGAUAUGAGGUUUAAAAAAUUGAGAGAGGCAUCCUCAGGAGGACGGAUAGUAGAGAUGCAGUCAGUAGAACGGAUAGAGAUGCAUGAUUUGGUGCAGGAAAUGGGUAGGGCAAUUGCUCGAAAACAAGGCAGUAGGUUGUUCAAUGCAAAUGAUGUCUAUCAAGCAUUGACAAAUAACCAGAGAGAUGGACAUGUUCAAGCCAUAUCCUUUGACAUGUAUGAGAUUGAAAAGCCACGCUUGAAAGAUGCAAACUUCAAAAAGAUGUAUCAACUCAGAUGGCUACGUGUUAGUUAUUCAUAUCUUUGGAGUGGUUCUCUUCAUCUUCCCAAUUCUCUUAGAUAUCUUUACUGGGAGGGAUAUCCUUUGGAAUCUUUGCCAUCAAAAUUUUCUGCUCAAAAUCUUCUUGUCCUUGAUACGCCGUACAGUGACUUUGGGGUGCAACUGUGGAAUGAAGACCAGAGUCCAGUGAACUUAAAACGUGUCAAUCUUCAGUUCUGCCGAUAUCUAACUGAAGUCCCAAAUCUCUCUCAGUGUCUAAAUAUUGAGCAUAUAGAUCUGGAAGGCUGUGAAAGUUUGGUUGAAAUUCCUUCGUAUUUUCAACAUCUUGGCAAGCUUACUUAUCUUAACCUUUCGAGGUGCUACAAGAUCAAAAAUCUUCCCGAGAUGCCAUGCAAUCUUGAAUUCUUAGAUUUGUCUUGGACAAGAAUUGAGGAAUUGCCUUCAUCAGUUUGGUCUCACGAAAAAAUAUCUCACUUAGAUAUUAGAAAUUGUGGACACCUUAAGAGUCUUCCAAGCAACAGUUGUAAGCUGAAACUUUCGAAUUCUUUUGGUCUAAAGGGCUGCAAAUCUCUUUGCGAGAUGUGGGAGCUUCCCAGGAAUACAACAGUGCUAGAGCUGAGUGGUACAACAAUAAAAGAAUUGAGGAAUACAUCAAUAGAAUCUCUUGUUCGUCUCACUGCAAUUGAACUGAUCGAUUGCAAAAGCCUUGUGAGUCUUCCAACGAACAUUUGGAAGUUGAAAUCUCUGGAGAGCCUUUAUCUCAGUGGUUGCUCUAACUUUCAACACUUCCCAGAAAUCUCAGAGGCUAUGGAACAUCUGGAGUUUCUAAAUUUAUCAGGUACAAUGGUGAAAGAGGUACCCCCAUCAAUUGGAAAUCUAGUUGCGCUUCGAAAAUUAAACCUGGCUAAGUGCAAUUACCUUGAGGUUGUCCAUGAUUACCUCUUUCGUUUAACCUCAUUACAAGAGUUAGAUCUGAGUAGCACCAAAAUUAAGAGCUUACCCGCAAGCAUCAAACAAGCUUCUCAACUGUCUCGGCUGUGCCUCAAUGAUUGCAAUAGCCUUGAAUAUUUACCAGAGCUCCCCCCAUUGCUGCAAUGUCUUAAAGCAAAUCGUUGCACAUCACUGAAGACAGUGUCAAGUUCAAGCACUGCACUCGCACAAGGUUGGGAAAAAUAUAUAUUUUAUCAAGGGCUUUAUGAGAAACAUAGAUUUUCUAAUUGCCCAGAGUUGGAUGAGAAUGCACGAAGCAACAUAAUGGGUGAUGCACAGCUCAGAAUUAUGCGAAUGGCAACUGCGUCGUCGAAGUUUAAAGAUGACAAAAUUGAACAACCAUCAUAUGAUUCAGAGUCAUAUGGAAGCUAUGAUGAUUUUGUUGAGGAAUCUUUAUGCAAGAGAUCUUUUGUUGCCAUUACAUGUUGUGGGAAUGAAAUUCCAAAAUGGUUCCGCCAUAAAAGUGAGGGAUGUUCAAUAAAGAUUGAGCUUCCUCGUGAUUGGUUUAGCACAGAUUUCUUGGGUUUCGCUCUGUCUCUUGCUGUUAAAUUUGGUUUAGCACAGAUUGGAUGCAAGUACAACUUCAAAACUAGUAAUGGUGAAAGCCAUGAAGUCAGCCAUGAUUUGGGUAAUAUGCUUCGAAGUCGGGAAUAUUCACAUGGGGUGUUUGUGUGGUGGUAUAAUAAUGUCUUUGAAGAAGUUGUAAAGGGAGCUGAAAGCCGCACUGCGGUCAAUGUUGACUUCACCGCAAUGGAUUUUUGUGACCCCAAACUCAAUCUGAGAGAUGGACAUGUUAAAGCAAUAUCCUUUGACUUGUCUAAGAUUCAACAGCUACACUUGGAGUUGGAACAUGCAAACUUCGAAAAGAUGUAUCAACUGAGAUACCUAUAUGUCAAACCUGUCAUUUAUCCUAUUCCAUUAAUUGUUUAUCUUGAUCUUCCCAAUUCUCUUAGAUAUCUUAACUGGUACGCAUAUCCUUUGAAAUCUUUGCCAUCAAAAUUUUCUGCUCAAAAUCUUGUUUUCCUUCAAAUGCCGUGCAGCAAAGUUGGGGGGCAACUUUGGAAUGAAGACCAGAGUCCUGUGAACUUAAAACGGAUCAGUCUUUUUUGGUCCAAACGUCUAACUGAAGUCCCAAAUCUCUCUCGAAGUCUAAAUAUUGAGCAUAUAGAUCUUCGUGGUUGUGAAAGUUUGGUUGAAAUUCCUUCGUAUUUUCAACAUCUUGGCAAGCUUACUUAUCUUAAACUUAUGGGCUGCACAGAUCUCAAAAAUCUUCCCGAGAUGCCAUGCAAUCUUGAAUUUUUAGAUUUGUCUGAGACAGCAAUAGAGGAAUUGCCUUCAUCAGUUUGGUCUCACGAAAAAAUAUCUCACUUAGAUAUUACAGAUUGUCGACACCUUAAGAGUCUUCCAAGCAACACUUGUAAACUGAAACUCUCGGGUUCUUUUAGUCUAAAGGGCUGCAAAUCUCUUUGUGAGUUUUGGGAGCUUCCCAGGAAUACAACAGCGCUAGAUUUUAGUAAGUUGUUGACUUGCAAAAGCCUUGUGAGUCUCCCAACGAACGUUUGGAAGUUGAAAUAUCUGGAGAGCCUUGAUCUCAGUGGUUGCUCUAACUUUCAACACUUCCCAGAAAUAUCGGAGGCAAUGGAACAUCUGGAGUUUCUAAAUUUAUCAGGUACAGUGGUUAAAGAGCUGCCCCCAUCAAUUGGAAAUCUAGUUGGCCUUCGAAAAUUAGAUCUGAGUUGGACCGAAAUUAAGAACAUACCUGCAAGCAUCAAACAAGCUGCUCAGCUGUCUCAUAUGCGCCUCAUCAAUUGCAAGAGCCUUGAAUCUUUACCAGAGCUCCCCCCAUUGCUAAAAUGUCUUGAAGCACAUGCUUGCACGUCACUGAAGACAGUGUCUAGUUCAAGCACUACAAUCACACAAGGUUGGGGCGAAUAUAUAUUUUUUCAAAGGCUUUACGAGAAACAUAUAUUUUCUGAUUGCCCAAAGCUGGAUGAGAAUGCACGAAGCAACAUAAUGGGUGAUGCACAGCCCAGAAUUAUGCGAAUGGCAACUGCGUCGUCAAAGUUUAAAGAAUACAAAAUUAAAAAAGCAUCAUAUAAUUCAAAUGAGGAAUCUUUCGUUGGCAUUAGAUGUUGUGGGAAUGAAAUUCCAAAAUGGUUCAGCCAUAAAAGUGAGGGAUGUUCAAUAAAGAUUGGGCUUCCUCGUGAUUGGUUUAGCACUGAUUUCUUGGGUUUCGCUCUAUCUCUUGUGGUUGUUGCUGCUACAGGUCAUAUGAAGAUUGGAUGCAAGUACAACUUCAAAACUAGUAAUGGUGAAAGCCAUGAAGUCAAACGUCAUUUGUGUAGUCUGCGCGCGAAAAAUGUCUUAACAAGCCAGUUAUUUUCUUGUGAUGAGGUGUUUGUGUGGUGGCAUAACAAUGUCUUGGAAGAAGUUGUAGAGGGAGCUCAAAGCCCCACUGCGUUUUACAAACUUGUUACGGAGGUCAAUGUUCGCUUCACCGUAAGGGGUUAUGGUAGCAGCAACUCCCGUCGGGGGGUGGAAAAGUGUGGGAUAUGUCUGUUGUAUGGCAAAGAUGCUGAGAUGAUAAAGCAGAGGGCUUUGUAGAUCAAGCCGAUAUCCCUAAAUUCAAAAUUUCAGUUUAUUUGAGCUGUUUGCAAGACUUGUGGCUGAGGAUGCUUUUUGAGUUUCUUAGGCUUAGGGAUGUCUUUCUUGUUUUAACCCUUCGUCCUCUCCAUCGCCAAGCUUUUUGUCUGAGGAUGCUUUUGAGUUUAGCUUCUCACGGUCACGCCCCAUGUAAGCCAUGUAAUUUUCUUCAUUGAAUUGAAGUAUUAAAUUGUUAAAAGUCAA